AUGCGCCCUUCUCUACAUAAUACAACGCUCCUACCACGCCAGCUUCGCGAAGAAUUAGGCCUGAAAGACACUUACAAGCCGGGUGAAAGCACGUCGCGGCCUCGCACCGCUGGAAGCAGCACCCCUAGGAAAGAACGCCGGAAGACUGAACGAGCCCAAAUCAAGAGUCGCGUGCAAAGACAAAGAGAUAGCCCCAGGUAUAAUGGCCUUCACCAGGGUGUGGUGAGCCGAACGUCAAGAAUAAACGGGCCAAACUCCCCCGAAUGGGAGAAGCUAAAGCCGACAUUGAAGAAGCCGCAAAUUGCUAGGUCACCUGGUCCGGAGGAUUUGCAGUCUGAGGUUGGAAUUAGCCUUGAUGAAGGGAGCGACGAAGAUGAGCAUUCCGAUGCGCCACAGGUGGAAACCCGCAGGGUACCUCGCACUGUUCGCGAUAAGUUGGCAGAAGAUGAUGCAGAGAUUGCAGUUCUAGAGAAAAAAUUGGGGCUUAAGGGGAAAAAGAAACUUCCAAAGAGUUUACUUGAAGAUGGAUUGGAUGACCUGUUGGGGGAUCUGGAAUCGGACGCGGAAGCCACCGCAAGGAAACGAAAGAGAGAAGAAGAGGAAUGGCUGAAGGACAAGAGGCAGAAAGCCCGAGUGAAUAUUGAAACCAGUGAAGAUGACAGCCUGCAUGAGGAAGCUACAGAGGCCAGCGAUAAUAGCGAGUUUGAAGGGUUUGACGACGUUGAAGAAUACCUGCCAGGUCUACAACAAACUAAACAGAAAGAGAAUCCAUACCGGCCUCCCAUCGCCGUCAGUGGUUCCCCAUCUACAAAGUACAUCCCACCCUCCAAACGGGUUGGGGCAUGUGCCGAAUCAGACUUUGAGAUGCGUCUGCGGCGACAGAUAAAAGGCCACCUAAACAAGCUAUCCGAGGCUAACAUUGUAUCUAUUCUAAGCGACAUUGAAAAGCUCUAUUUAGAGUAUCCGCGACAGACCGUAACGGCUAUGUUAAUCGACCUACUACUGGGCUUGAUAUGUAGCGGAAGUGGCUUAAAUGAUACAUUUAUCAUCCUUCACGCCGGAUUUAUCACAGGAAUAUUCAAAGUCAUUGGCAUGGAGUUUGGUGCCGAACUUGUGCAAAAUGUUGUGACGCGGUUUGAUAAGAUGUUUGGGAAUGGCCACCCGGGGGAUUCGGAUAGGAAGGACAUGACAAACUUGAUAUCUUUGCUAUCGCAUCUUUAUAACUUCCACGUUCUUGGAUGUGGUUUAAUUUUUGAUUUCAUUCGUCUAUUCUUGGAAGAAAUUAACGAAAUUAACACUGAACUUCUAUUAAAAAUAGUAAGAAAUUCUGGCCCGCAGCUUCGACAGGAUGAUCCAUCGGCUCUUAAGGAUAUCGUUCUCCUCAUUCAGCCUGCAGUGGCGCGAGUUGGGGAAGCGGCGCUAUCCGUUCGCACUAAAUUUAUGAUAGAGACAAUCACGGACCUUAAGAACAAUAGAGUCAAAAACGCGCCUGGUGCAAGUAUAUCUUCUGAACAUAUUAUAAAAAUGAGAAAAAUCAUUGGCUCUCUCAAUACAAGGAGCCUCAAGGCCAGCGAACCUCUUAGGAUCGGCCACGCCGAUAUUCGUGAUUCGGACAAAAAGGGCAAAUGGUGGCUUGUCGGUGCAAGUUGGAGAGCCGAGCCACUACCUAGCACUGAUACUAAACAGACCAGUAUCAAUUCAAGUGUGGUUCUUCCGGGUACCCUGAAUGAUGACUUGGGCGACAUGAAGGACGUUGAUCUUGUGCAGCUUGCCCGAACUCAUCGGAUGAACACCGAGGUCCGCCGGUCAAUCUUUGUUGCCAUCAUGUCUGCGUCAGACUAUCAGGAUGCUCACAUGCGCUUGUCAAAACUACAUUUGAAAAGAAGCCAAGAAACAGAGAUCCCGCACGUUCUGAUCCACUGUGUGUCUGAAGAAGAAACAUACAAUCCGUACUACACUUUCAUCGCAAGAAAACUCUGUGGAGAAAGAAGAAUGAAGAUGGCGUUUCAGUUUUCAUUGUGGGAUGCAUUCAAGCAGAUGGGAGAACGUGCCGAUGUAGACGACAGCGAGGAUUUCGACGAGGAUCGGCAACUCAAUAUGAGGGCCAUUGUCAACCUUGCGAAGAUGUAUGGGUCUUUGAUCGCUGACGGAGGCCUCACGCUUGGAGUUUUGAAAACGCUUAACUUUUUGUACUUGCAGCCCAAGACAAAAACAUUCGUUGAAUUGCUUCUCAUUACUGCCAUGCAACAGACACAGAAAAAGGCAUCUCGCAGACCACAGAGAACAGGAAGCGUCGACGAGAAUAAUGCCAAUGAGAAGGCCCUUGUGAAUAUGUUUUCAAAAACGCAAGACACGCCGCAAGUCAAACCCGGGUUGAUAUACUUCAUCCGCAAAGUCGUAGCGAAAUCGGAUGUCAUUACCUUAGAAGGGGACAAAGUUGCUUUGAAACGGGGCUGCAGGCUUGCGCUCGAUACGCUCAAAAUGAUACCCUGA